CAAAUGACAAGAUUUAAUUUCUGACUCGUAUGGGCUCCGGACCGACUUAACAUCCACUUGUAAAAUUUUGAAUGUGAAGGAAUUGCUUACUAGGCAUACUACAUGGUUUUGGCCAGGAGUGCAUGCCUUUAUUUCUUGGGAGCUGAGGAAGUCUACAAAGUACUUGUAUUACAAAUUUAUGCUUUAUUGCACCAUCUAGCUACUCAUUAUGCUAUUUUUCUAAGUACCAUCAAAUAUGUCAAAAUUUCCGAUGCUUGUACGACAACAUCAUGUCCUCCGAUCGCCGAUUCAAUGUGCAACAACCUCGCUUCGGCACUAAAAUCUCGGCAUGCAUAACAAGCAACACGUUGUUGGACAUUCCAGACGCAGUCUGGCAACCCAUGCUAUGACCAAACCAAGGCUUCCGCAAACUCAUUCCCGGCCUGAAGUUUCACAAAACGUAACAUGUGACAGUAUCACAGAGGAACACCCGUUAGGAACCAUGAGGCCGGUGAAAGUCAUCAGCAUUGGAGCAGGAGUUAGUGGUAUAAACAUGGCUCGAGCUUUAAAAAGAUAUGGCACCAAUAUCGAACAUGUUGUCUAUGACAAAAAUCCCGAGAUCGGCGGUACGUGGUUUGAGAACUGUUACCCCGGAUGUGCUUCGGAUGAUCCGUCUCAUAAUUAUCAAUUCUCUCAUACGCCGAAUCCAGAUUGGAGCUCGCUGUUUACACCGGCUGCGGAGAUACAGAAUUAUUUACUUGAUGUGUGUAGCAAGUAUGAGUUGAAAGAUCGUAUUAGAUUGUCCAAUAAGAUUAUUCGCGCGGAAUGGGAUGAAGGGUGUGCAGAACGGGUUUUGAGUAUUAAGAAUGAGGUCACCGGAGUGGUUUUCGAGUAUAGAUGUCAUUUUUUGCUUAAUUCUGGUGGUAUGUUCAAGUAAGUUUGAAUUCUGUGUAUGUGAGAGACAGGAUUAAUGGAUGACAGUAAUUGGAAAUGGCCAGAUAUCAAGGGUUUACAUUCUUUCAAAGGAGAUCUUGUGCAUACUGCUAAGUGGCAGAAAGAUAUAGACCUCAAGGACAAAAGGGUCGCCGUCAUUGGGAACGGUGCCUCUGGUGUGCAGGUUGUUCCAGUUUUACAACAAGGUUAGAUGUUUCCAACAAUCGUGACAAAAUGGUUUAUUUGACUUACUAAUCAUUGUUUAGAAGUUGCAAAACUUUUCCAUUUUGUCAGGAUAAAGACCUGAAUUUCUCCAAAUAGCAAGGCAGUCUCACAUGUUAUGGAGGAGUACGAACUCGAUACUGCG